CCCCCUUGCAGGGUUGAAAUCGCCAUUUCUCCCCCAUAUCUUGGCAUUUUCCUAGUUUCCUUCCUACGGCUUUUCCUGUAUAUUUCCCCCAAAAUAUCCCAAACAUUCGAUUCCCACAUAGUUCUUUGCUUUCUGUUCCCUUGUGUGAUUAUCAAACUCCAUUGAUUCAGCUUGUUUAGAAGGAAUGAGGACCAUCUUGAAAUCAGCACCUUCUCCCACCAGGAUGACUCCACCUGCUUCUCCACUUGCCCCUACUUUUUCCGAGUCACUAAUGGAAGAAAAUAUUGAAGCUGCCGAGUUCAUCAUCACUAAAUGGGAUUCCUUGUCCGACGACUACGACUCCGUCAGUAACACGGCUUCUCUUUUCUCCAAUAGUAGGGAAGAAGCGAAACAGUAUUUGUCUUCCGUUAAGGGUCUGCAAAAAGCUAUGCAGUUCUUGCUUUCACAUCAACCGAGUUCUGAGAAGCUUGUUCGAGCUCAAGAACUGAUGGAAACCGCCAUGAAACGGCUCGAGAAGGAGUUUUACCUGAUUUUGAAGUCUAAUCGGUUUUUUCUUGACCCAGAAUCCUUUUCUGCUCACUCAUCCUCUAGACCAUCGGCUUCCAGGUCUAGCUUUUCAGAUUUCGAAGAAUAUGAGUCUGAGAACGAGUCAAAGGACGAGACUGACUCAAUCCCAGAAACCCAGCGAGUAUCGUUAGCUGCAAUAGAAGAUUUAAGAGGCAUCACGGAGGUCAUGAUAAAAGCUGGGUACGCUAAGGAGUGUAUCAGAGUUUAUAAAAUUAUUCGGAAAUCGUUCGUCGAUGAAGCUCUUCACAGUCUCGGAGUUGACAGCACGUUGAACUCGCAGAAGAUUCAGAAGAUGGAUUGGGAAGUUUUGGAGGCUAAAAUCAAGAAUUGGUUACACGCUGUUAAAACGGUCGUUAAAACGUUGUUUCCCGGAGAGAGGAUUCUCAGCGAUCAAGUGUUCUCAAUUGCGCUUGCUAUGGGGGAAUCUUGCUUUACGGAAAUUUCAAAAGGUGGAGCCUUGGCUCUGUUUGAGUUCCCGGAAAAUGUUGCCAAGUGCAAGAAAAGUCCCGAGAAGAUGUUCCGCUUCUUGGAUUUAUAUGAAGCGGUUUCCAAUAAUUGGCCCGAGAUUGCAUUAAUGUUCAGCUGUGAAUCAGCAUCAACCGUCCGAUCAACCGCCACUAACUCCUUAAUCAAGCUAGGUGACGCCGUUAGAACGAUGUUAUCGAGCUUCGAAACGGCGAUUCAAAAGGAUACAUCCAAAUCGACUGUUCCAGGCGGAGGGAUCCACCCUCUCACACGUUACGUCAUGAAUUACCUCUCUUUCCUUGCCGAUUACAGCGAGGUUCUCUCCGAUAUCGUCGCAGAUUGGCCGUUAACGAUUCCGUCACCUUUACCAGAGCCACUCUUCAGCAGCACAGACAAUGAGGAGAGCAUUUCAUCGUCGGUUUCAGUCCGGUUAGCUUGGCUUGUCCUCCUCAUGCUCUGUAAACUCGACGGGCAUGCCACGAUGUACAAAGACGUGUCGCUUUCUUAUUUGUUUUUGGCAAACAAUCUCCAUUACGUCGUCGGAAAAGUCCGACAUUCGAAUUUGAAGAUUCUUUUGGGUGACGAGUGGGUGACGAAGCACGAAGUGAAAGUGAAACAGUACGCUUCGAAUUACGUGAGAAUGGGAUGGAGCAAAGUGCUUGCAUCACUGCCGGAAAAUCCGACGGCCGAGAUCCCAGUCGAUGAAGUGAAAGAGCAUUUCAGAAAAUUUAAUUCGGCUUUUGAAGAAGCUUACACGAAACAAACAUCUUGGGUCGUACCCGACCCGGGACUGCGAGACGAUAUCAAAAUAUCUUUGGCUAGGCAGAUAGUACCCAUCUACAAGGAGUUUUACGAGGCGUACGGAGGAAUGCACCUGAAGAAAGAAAUCUGGGUUGAGUCAUUUGUCAGAUAUACACCUGAUGAUUUGGGAAAUUUCUGGUCGGAUUUGCUCCAUGGCAGCGGAAGUUCGAGUAGUGUUACAUCAAGUUAAAGCCACGGUGGGCGGAGUCAUUGAACCGAUCCUAUUUUGGCGGGCAAAGAAUCGCCGGCCACUUUGGCGUUUAUAGGUUCGUGUGUUUCUUGUGGAUCAUGAAACAAGGACAAAGAGGAUUUGUAUAAAUCUGAUCGACACGUUUAUAAAAAAUGGUAUAUCUUACAUUUUUAAUUGUAUGUGUUAUUUGUACGAGAUCCAAGGGACUAAAUGUGUUAAUAAAAAUAAUUUUAUUUUCUUCGGAGAA